UGGGUGUCUUCCCUGGUGGAGCUUCAGUAUUUACAACAAUAUUGUCUGAAGCCCAUCCGACGCUGCUGUCCAUCACAGACAGACAGAGGGACAGACCGUCGGGGGACAGCUGUCUUAUCGUCCUCCGCUGCACGAUGGCUGUCGCUUCCAGUUAGGACUUGUUUUGUGCUUUCUGGAGAUAUUUCCUAUGAUGUUGGCGACUGAUAUCCGUCUACCUUGUGCACUGCAGUGGUGCGCAGCUUCGCCUGGAGAAACACCUGUGCGCCUCUCCUCUCCACUGGCCACAGUCAUGAAUGUUGAGUAGGGAACAGACUACCCUAAGGCUCGGUGUCUGUCUGCAUUUGUCUGAAAGAACAAGAGAGGGAGCAGCACAAAUACCGCACAGCCAGACAUCAUGCAAGGAGAGACCUUCCCUCGCUGCAGAGUGCUGAAAUGUUAGGACUGAAGAGCGAGUGUGUCAGAUCAAAUCAGCAGACUGUUUACCAUAGGAGGGGCGAUAAGAGCUGCUUGACACUAGACUCCGUGUGUGGUUUGAGGCCCCUUUCGAUCAAGAUCAAGAAAAGACGUGUUAACUGAUCUUUCAUCAGCACUUUUUUGUUCCCCACUUCAGAUUCAGCAAAUCUAGGAAACGAGAUGGAGUGGUCGCUAGAGAAUGUGAGGGAGAUGGUGGCAGGAGGGAUGCAGUCUAUAAGGGAGUGUGAGAUCUGUGCUUUUGCCAUAGCCAUGUGUGUGCUGCUGCUGUUUAUGUGGUAUUGUUACAGGGUGGGCCGCGAGCAUGGCUCCAGCCCUCUGCGUGGGAGGUAUCUGGCUGGGCCCAGCCGGAUCGGAGGAGUGGUGGGUGGCUUCAUGAGUUCAGACUGCCGUGGCAGGGGGAAAGGGAAGCACGGAUCAAUGCUGGAGGAGCAAAAUGGCUUCGCUUUCUGCCAGUCGUCAGAGUGCUUCCGAUGCACCAGCGCCGGAGAGAGUCUGAACCAGAGGCUCUAUCACAGCCUGCAGGAUUACGCCAAGCGCUACACCUGGUCAGGUAUGGGCAGGGUGCAUAAAGGAGUCCGUGAUCAAGGCCGAUACCUCAACAGCCGACCGACCAUCCAGAGGCCAGAGGUCUUCUUCCUCCCAGACCUACCGUCAGCCCCUUUCUUCUCCAGAGAAAUACAAAGACAUGAUGUGGAGCUGCUGGAGCAGAGCUUCCCCGCCCUUCUGGCUGAGUUCGAGAGCAUUUACCACCAACCCCCAGCCCGCAGCGGCUCCUCCCUGCCGCCGGGCUGGAAAGCCAACAACACUCCUCGCGGCCAGUGGUGGACCUACUACCUGGUCAACCAAGGCACCCCUCUGGUUCUUAAUGUCAGGAGGUGUCCGAGGGCCUGGAGGGUGCUGGGCCAGCUGCGCACCUUCAUUGCCAACAACGUGUUCGGAAACGCCUGCUUCUCUGUGCUGACGCCUGGAGCUCUCAUCACUGAGCAUUACGGGCCAACAAAUGUCAGGCUGCGCUGCCACCUGGGUCUCAGAGUGCCUCCUUCCUGUGAGCUUGUAGUUGGUGGAGAGCCACAGUGCUGGUCUGAGGGCAGCUGUCUGCUUUUUGAUGACUCCUUUCUCCACAGGGCUUUCCACGAGGGCGGCGCAGAGGACGGCCCCAGGGUGGUCUUCAUGGUGGACCUCUGGCACCCCAACGUGGCCGCUGCUGAGAGACAAGCCUUGGACUACAUUUUUACUCCAGGCCGCUUAGAAGACAAGGAAGGGAAAUAGGUGUGAGUGAGAAACCAUGUCUGACCAAGAGACAGAUGGCGUUUAGGGAAGUGUCUGUAGGAUUGGGGAGCAACUCUUUUUCUGCCUCCAGACCAGCUCUCACAUUCACUGUGUACAUAUUCUCCGUCUCAAACAAUAUCUCCCAUAACUGUUCUUAGCAGAUGACUCAACAUUGGGCCUCUUUUAUCCAUCCUCUUCAUGUUUUUGCCUGUAAAGACAGCCACACUUGAAAGAACCUACUUAAAUAAUCCCUAGAAUUUAAUAGGAGUACGAUUGUUCAUGCAGCCAUUUUGGUGAUGUGUUUUAACACCCAUGGAUAGAUUACUGAAGUGGCAUACUGAGAGGAAAGAUGUGAACCAACCAGGAACAGACUCAAAUUGACCACAAAGAAAAACAACUACAAAGAGACACAAAAUGACUAAAAAGAUAUACAACACAGCUGCAAAGAGACAGUUAAUCACUACAAAGAUACACAAAAUGAUUACAGACAGAUGUGUAAUGACCUUAAACACAUAACAACUAAAAGGAGAUGCAAAACAGCUGCACUGAAACACAAAUGACAAGGAGACACAAAGCAACUAGAGAUGCAAAACACGUAAAGGAGAAAAAAAAGCAGCCACAGACAAAAAUAACAACAGAAAGACCAAAACAACUGCAAAGAGACACCAAAUGACUGCAAAGAGACAAAAUACAACAAGAAAAAAAGGGGCUAAACAACUAUAAAGUCUGUGCGUCUCGUCCUAUGUAGGGGAGGCGGUGAGGCCUUUUGCAUGUCUGUAUCCAAAGGCCUGUUUUCUCAUAAGCUGCUCGUGUUAACACCAUGGCAGGGACAGCUCAUUAGCUCAUUUAUCAUUAUCAUUGAAUCAUUGAAUGUUUAAUGCAUUUGUAUAUAGAUGAUUUAUGUGAGUGAACAGUAAAAAAAAUGUGCCCAGCAAGCAGUUCCCAUCAAAUAUGUUUUUUUUCCCUGUGACUUUGGGCCAAUUCUGGAGCAAAGUGAUUUCUUUAUAAGAUGUUUUGUACAGCUCAUAUCAGUUUUAUUUUGGUUGCUGCUUGAAAUAGUUCAACAGUAGAGAACAAAGUGCAUUACAGUUUUGAUGAAUGGCUCUAAGUCGAACAAUAAUGCCCUCUUGCUGUCAUGCUUCACAGCAUGCAUGGCUCCAUAGGCAUUAGUCAUUAGUCAACAUUCAUGCGCCCAGAUCACUACCCAAAACAGUUUGUGUAAAGAAUUGGUGGUAUAACUUUACACUCUCUUAACACAUAUUACUAAUUAUUUAGUUCACCUUAACACCUACAUACAUUUCUGCAAGGGCUAAGAAAUUUAACCAUUCAACUUUUUAUAUUACUCAACAUGUCCAGUCACACUUUUGAUUCAAACCAAAACACGAUUCUCAAUGACUUUGCACGUUUUUCAUUACAAAAACCCCCACUUAAAAAUGUGGGACACGACUGUUUUCAAUUUUACAUGAAUGAGUGAAAAUCUCUUACUUGCAGAAUGGUGACAUAUUUUCAGUGAUUGUGGAGUUUUAAAAUAAAGCCGAGGUAUCAUUGCCUCUGUGCUGGAUGUUUUCUGCCUACAGUUCAAAAGGUCGUCAUAAAUACAUCAACUUGAUAACAAAUGUAUGUAGUUGUUUACCGGCUUUACUAUAGUCAUUAGUCAUUUUAAUUACUUACAAGAUGCACAACUGGGCCUUUAUGACUGAACUGGUAACUGUUAAUAUAUAUCUAAACUGAAUGAAUUGCAGAAAGUGCUUUAUCAGUGUGAUAACAUUCACCAAUUAAAGACAUUUUUCACGUCAUCUCUGUGAUAACUGAGGUCCAAUGUUAAUCAUGACAUGAAUGUUUACAGACGCAGCUAAUGUCUCUAUCAUGACUCCUGCCGGUGUGGUAGUUUAUUGUGCUCCCCUUUGAAAAAAAAUCAAUCCUGCUUUCACAAGACAUGGUUAGAUAAGCACAUUUUAGGUCAAAUUGUGUGAGUCGGCCUGUGCUGUAACACUGCAGAUGAAGCGUUUUUGGUAAAUUUACUAAACUCUUGUAAUUUGGUUGUAUUUGAUAUCAGGUUUGUAUUUCUGUAAAUAUGGUCGAGGUAACAAACGGAAUGGUCUGAGAUGAUUUGAGAUGAUUGUCUUCAAUGCUAUAACUAUUGUGUUGUCUUGAUUUACAGCUAAAGCGAGUGCAUUUCAUUCUCCGUUCUGGAAAAAUCCAACCGUGAAAUCAUUUUUGAUAGAUUCAAUUUGUAGAUUCUGUAAAAUGUUUAUGAAGUACUAUCUCUGUUGUUCUGUGACGUAUUUAUUUUCAAUCCCUCUGUGAUUUUGCAGCGCCAUAUGGUACCCAUUAUUAAAAGCCACAAUCCUUAAUUCUUCAACAGCAUUUCAUGGAUGUAUGUGCACAAAAGGUAGUGAAAUUUAAUCUUCUGCAGCUUUACAGGUCCAUCACAACUCAAGAUACCCAUCUAUUCAAUUCUAAUGUUUACUAAAUGAUUUACAAGCUGUUUACAACAUCAGACACUCACAUUGAGCUGUCCAUAAUUAGGUUUAAUAAUAUCAAGAUUGCUGAUAAUCCACUAUGAAAACUGUCAUUCCCGAAGCAUUUGCUUUACAUAUACAGUGUAUGAUGGGGCAACCAUUUUGUUUACAUUAGGAUUAAGAAUUUGUCCUUUAACACAUUAUUGUGUGGAUUUUGAACAGUAUUUCUGUACAUUUAAUAAAUGGUCGAGUAUCUUAUUUAA